CUUGGUCAUGUAUCGACAGUGACAACGGUUCUAGUGCACUUUUGAUCUCUGUUGAUGCAUUCCCUAUUGAUUCCUGUCCUCUUCCUUCUCGCCUAUUGAAGAACCUACUAUCACACCUCGAUCCUUCUCAUGGGCAUGGCUUCUUUCUCAACUUUUAACCUCCCGCUGCAGGUCGCCUUGGCAAGGGCACUAUGAAUAGUUGAAGCUCCUUUUUCCUGACAGUCGGUCCAUCUCUGAUUGCCAAAUACUCAAGUCUAUUCUCACAAGCACUGAAAUGGAUCACAACGGUUCCCUAGACCAGGUCUCGACCAUCCACAUUCUUACCUUGAAUUGCUGGGGCCUGAAGUACCUAUCCAAACAUCGUUCGGAACGCUUGUCCGAAAUAGGCAAUCGGCUUGCUACAUACUCACCUCAAUUAGAUAUUGUCGGCCUCCAAGAAUGCUGGACAUUCUCCGACUACUUGACAAUCAGAAAUAGGACCCGAUCCACCCUUCCAUAUGGCAAGUUCUACCAUUCGGGAAUCUUCGGUGGCGGGUUGGCCAUUUUAAGUAGAUGGCCGAUUCGCGAGUCGACCAUGUAUCGCUAUUCUUUGAACGGUCGACCAACGGCGUUCUUCCGAGGAGACUGGUUUGUGGGCAAAGGUGUUGGCUGCGCCACGAUUGCACUGCCGGACGGGGGCAACGUCGAGGUGUUUAAUACCCAUCUACAUGCACCAUACGAAAGGGAGCCGAAUGACAGCUACAUCUGUCAUCGAACAGGUCAAGCAUGGGAAAUCGCCAAAUUGAUGCGUGCAGCUUCACAGCGUGGAAGCUUGGUCAUUGGUUUGGGGGAUUUCAACAUGGUCCCUCUAAGUUUUGCGCACGUCUUGAUCGAGAGUCAAGCAGGUGUGCAAGAUGUGUGGAGAGUGGUGAAGCCUCAAAGUAGUGUCGGGGCAAGCAUCGACCCGCCAGAGAAGGAGAGACGGAAAAGACUCGGGGAGCCAGAUAUCCCAGAUGUGGCAACGAGCCUCGAGGAGCAUGGCCAUACUUGUGACUCGAUAUUGAACACAUGGCGUUGGAACAAGGCGCAUCAGAAACAUCUGGAAGAGGGUCAAGACCGAGAAAUUCCACUGACAGACCCAGACCCCAAAUCCAAGCGUUUGGAUUACAUAUUUUGCAGUGGAGUGGGAAAUGGAUGGAGAGUCGACAGGGUUCAGGUUGCUUUGACCGAGAGACACCCAAGUCUUCGUUGUUCUUUGAGUGACCAUUUCGCCGUGCAAGCCACGCUUGAAAGAAGUUCGCUCCGACUCAAAACAUCCACCGAGAUCGAGGUGCAUGCAGCACUCAAUGACUCCCAGGAGCAAGAUGCCAGCCUGCAAGUCGCGAAUGUUGACGAUAAGGACUUUGACAAAGCAAUCUCCAAGGAGGGGACGCGAUUCCAUCUGGGACAGGAUUUCUACCAGGAUAUACUCCAGAUGAUACACACAUAUACUCUACGGGAACGAAAGCAAAGAAGGUAUCGGCUUUUGCAUUUUGUGGGAUCAGCACUGGUCUCGAUUGGUUGCUUUGUGGCUACUUGGUGGUCUCCAAGGAAUUUUGUGUCGUUCAUCUUGAUCUUGUUGAGCAGUCUGGGACUCAUGGCCGGUACCGUAGAUGGAUUGAUCGGCGGCCUAUUUGUUGGGUCUGAACUGCGGGCACUGGCUGAAUUUGAAUGGGAGGUGCGAAAUGCAUUACAUCUUGCUGGGGGACCAGCGUUGGAAGAUCAAUCGUUGAGGGAUUGGUAUGACUGAGAAAAUACAACCAGUUGGAGUCUGCCAGCAACAACGUCCUGUCGUUGAUUGAUGGUGAUUCACGGAUAGGCAAUGGUGAGAAGAAGCGCCCCGGAUGAAAGGCGCUUACAUGCAUACGCUGAGUUGGCAUAAUGGUUACUGGCCUAUCGCACCAGUAUUAGGCCAAAACCAGCGGGGACUUGAAAUGCCCGCACAAAUGCGACAUGUUUAAGAGUGCGGGCCAGGGCAAAGUGAAGAUUGGACAGGACAAUGAGGGAAAGGGAGAAGCUAAUUCCACGGAACGGUGGCUGCGUUGAGUCGCCCCAAGAAAGUGGGAAAAAAGAGAAUAGAAGAAAUUGUGAGAGUGAAAUGCAUGGGCAACAAGACAGAGGGAGAGAAGAGAAGAGAGAAGAGACAGAAGAAUAUCAGCGGUGGCUGGAGGCGGCAGCGAUGAGGAUGAGUUGCAGCUUUGGGAGGGUUUUGUUGUUAUUGUUGAUG